AUCAAAAAGAAGUUUCCUAUAUUGAACUGGCUGCCGAAAUAUAGACUGCAGCAUUUACAAGGUGAUUUCAUAGCCGGUUUAACCGUUGGUUUGACUGUUAUCCCACAAGGGCUAGCCCUGGCCAGGGUCGCCAGACUGCCCUCACAGUAUGGCCUGUACACAUCGUUCAUGGGAUGCUUCAUGUACUGUCUGUUCGGAACGAGCAAAGAUAUAACAGUGGGCCCCACUGCUAUUAUGUCUAUCCUCAUUGAAAAAUUUGGGGCUUCGCCUAAAGCAGGCGAUCCAACUUACGCCAUCAUCUUGACCUUCUUCUGCGGCGUCAUCCAAUCAGCCUUGGGGCUUCUGAAUUUAGGAAUUGUUGUCGACUACAUAUCUCACCCAGUCAUCGAUAGCUUCACAGUAGCUGCAGCCGUCACAAUAGCCGAAGGUCAAAUUAAGGGCUGGUUUGGUCUGCACAACAUACCUCGCGAAUUCAUCCACGAACUUUAUUGGACACUGAUAAAACUUCCUGAAACCAGGCUUGUUGUUAUUAUUAUUAUUAUUUUAUUAUUAUUAUUAUUAUUGUUAUUUGAAUUUAAAUAUAGAUUAUGGGAUUUUAUAAUGGGAUUGAUCAACACCAACAAAACAGCUCGAAACGCCAUUGCAGUCAUCCUCUGUGCGAGCACGGUCUACAUCUGCAACAGCGUCUACCACACGAACCCGUUCACGACAACUUCAAACAUAACUUCCGGACUACCGCCAUUCAAAUUUCCUAACUUCACCCUGCAACUCGAUAGUAAUGUAACUGUCUCCACUGUCGAAAUACUUACUAAUAUAGGAUCUGGAUUAGCAAUCGUGCCCCUCCUCGCGUUGGUCGAAUGUUUGGCUAUUGGUAAAAUUUUUGCUAAGAAGAAUGGUUACAAGACGAACCCAAGCCAAGAAUUUUUUGCAAUCGGUGUUUGUAAUUUUGCCAGCUGCUUUGUAUCAUCGUUCCCAGUUACGGGAAGUUUUUCAAGGUUAACAGCCGUCAAUUCUGCCAGUGGAGUUAUGACAACUGCUGGUGGCCUAAUUACAGGUACACUAGUGAUUCUCAGUCUAUUAUUUUUGACGCCGUACUUCCAUUACAUUCCGGAGUCAACUCUCGCAGUUAUCAUCUUCUGUGCCGUCCUGGAUAUGAUCAGCUUCAAACUGCCUGUAAAACUUUGGAAAGUUAAUAGUACGUUUGUUUGUGUGUGUGUAUGUUUGUUUGUUUGUGUGUGUGUGUGUGUGCGCUGGGGGAUAUUAUGCGGCAUUGCCUUUUCUUUGGUCACGCUAAUCUGUCUAUGGAGUAGGCCAAAACUUAAGUCAUUCACACCGGAAACAUAUGUAAUCUUGAUUGAUCACGGCCUAACCUUCCCAAGCGUUGAGAUGUUAAUUGAGAGAACCAACGAAAUCGUUCAACAAGACGGUACACCAAGAGCUAUUAUAUUUGACUGCAGUCAUGUUAAAGUCAUCGACUAUUCGGUCAUUCAAGGCAUGAAAGAAAUGAUUGAAGACUUUGACAAGAGAGAUUCUAUAAUCAUUUGGAUGAGAUUCACAGUAUGCGUUCAAUAUUUAUUGUUA